CCUGAAGCUGCUCCAGGCCGGGAUGGCUGCUCCAGCACUGCUGAGGACUGCUGGGGGCCCAGCCACACCAGGGGCGUCCUAGGCCCCCCAUCAUCCAGCGCCUGUGCACCUGCUCCCACCCACCCACUCGCCAUGGGCGGCUGCUUCUCUAAGCCCAAACCAGUGGAGCUCAAGAUCGAGGUGGUGCUGCCCGAGAAGGAGCCGUCGGCUGGCGGGAAAGGCAGCCCCCGGGCCUACCAGGGCAAUGGCACUGCCCGCCACUUCCACGCUGAGGAACGCCUGCCCGCCCCGCACGCCUAUGCGGGCACUCAGGACUGUGUGGAGGCCGCCGUCUGCCAUGUCAAGGACCUGGAGAACGGCCAGAUGCGGGAAGUGGAACUGGGCUGGGGGAAGGUGCUGCUGGUGAAGGACAAUGGGGAGUUCCACGCCCUGGGCCACAAGUGUCCGCACUAUGGUGCCCCCCUGGUAAAAGGUGUGCUGUCCCGGGGCCGGGUGCGCUGCCCCUGGCAUGGCGCCUGCUUUAACAUCAGCACUGGGGACCUGGAGGACUUCCCCGGCCUGGACAGUCUGCACAAAUUCCAGGUGAAGAUUGAGAAGGAGAAGGUGUAUGUCCGGGCCAGCAAGCAGGCUUUGCAGCUGCAGCGAAGGACCAAAGUAAUGGCCAAAUGCAUCUCUCCGAGUGCCGGCCAUGGAGGCAGCACAAAUGUGCUCAUUGUGGGUGCAGGGGCGGCUGGCCUGGUGUGCGCGGAGACCCUGCGGCAGGAAGGCUUCUCCGACAGGAUCGUCCUGUGCACGCUGGAUCGUCACCUCCCCUACGAUCGUCCCAAGCUCAGCAAGUCCCUGGAUGCACAGCCUGAGCAGCUGGCCCUGAGGCCUAAGGAGUUCUUCCGCGCCUACGGCAUCGAGGUGCUCACGGAGGCCCAGGUGGUCACUGUGGACGUACGGAACAAGAAGGUUGUGUUCAAGGACGGCUUCAAGCUGGAGUACAGCAAACUGCUCCUGGCGCCGGGGAGCAGCCCUAGGACCCUGAGCUGCAAAGGCAAAGAGGUUGAAAACGUAUUCACCAUCCGUACGCCCGAGGACGCCAACCGCGUGGUGAGGCUGGCCCGGGGCCGCAAUGCCGUGGUUGUGGGGGCCGGCUUCCUGGGGAUGGAAGUGGCUGCCUCUCUGGCGGAGAAGGCCCACUCCGUGUCGGUGGUGGAGCUGGAGGAGACCCCCUUCAGGAGGUUCCUGGGGGAACGUGUUGGCCGUGCGCUCAUGAAGAUGUUCGAGAACAACCACGUCAAGUUCUACAUGCAGACGGAGCUGUCGGAACUGCGGGCCCAUGAGGGGAAGCUGAAGGAGGUUGUCCUAAAGAGUAGCAAAGUGGUGCGGGCUGAUGUCUGCGUGGUGGGCAUUGGUGCGGUGCCCGCCACAAGCUUCCUGAAGCAGAGCGGCAUUAGUCUGGAUUCCCGAGGCUUCAUCCCCGUCAACAAGAUGAUGCAGACCAAUGUCCCAGGUGUGUUUGCAGCUGGAGAUGCCGUCACUUUCCCCCUGGCCUGGAGGAACAACCGGAAAGUGAAUAUUCCACACUGGCAGAUGGCUCAUGCCCAGGGGCGUGUGGCGGCUCAGAACAUGCUGGCGCAGGAGGCGGAGAUCAGCACGGUGCCCUACUUGUGGACGGCUAUGUUCGGCAAGAGCCUGCGCUACGCGGGGUAUGGAGAAGGCUUCGAUGAUGUCAUCAUCCAGGGCGAUCUGGAAGAACUGAAGUUCGUGGCUUUUUACACCAAAGGCGACGAGGUGAUAGCUGUGGCCAGCAUGAACUAUGACCCCAUUGUGUCCAAAGUGGCGGAGGUGCUGGCCUCGGGCCGGACCAUUCGGAAGCGGGAGGUGGAGCUGUUUGUGCUACACAGCAAGACCGGCGACAUGUCCUGGCUCACAGGGAAAGGAUCCUAGUCUCCAGUGCAGCUGACCUGGGCAAGCACCAGGGACAGAGGUUACGGUCAGGGGGACAGGUGCCAACCUCCAAUUUCCCAGAACCCCCAGGGCAGAGUUUGCACCUUCCUUGUGCUUGCCUUCUGCUGCCCCUCCAGACAGGCCUGGGGGGGGGGGGCCUCUGCUGCCCCCAGGAAUGCUCACCCACCCUCAGGCCUGGCAGGCAUGGCUGGCUGGCAGUGGAGGGAGAUCAGGCCCCGCCCCCUCCCCCUCUUUUGGAACUGGUCUCCUACAGCCUCUGUGACAUAUUAGAUAUCAUCUUAAAAUUAAAACACACAUUUGCAAAUCUGUGUAUUACUUCCACUGUAAUUGGGCAAACACUCAUAAUGGGGGAAAUAAAACAUGACUCAGA